AUGACGGGUUUGAUGCUCAAACUUCUGGUAUUGACGCUGACGGCGACGGCCGUUUUAGCAGAACCGACAGACAGCAAGGGGUUGCAGCCUGCGGAAACCGUUGAUCAGCAGAACAACCGUGCGGCAGUUGCUUCAACGGAUGGCGCGAAGAAGAACUCCAAGCGACAUCUUGGGUUGGGUAUUGGCUAUGGUGGUGGCUAUGGAUUAGGAUACGGGGGUGGACUCGGAUUCUCCGGGGGAUUGUACUCCGGUGGUCACUCCGCGGGACUAGUGAGCCGAGGCUUCGGAUACGGAGGAUCGUACGGCGGGUCGUACGGAGGUUACGGCUAUGACGGUGGAUUUCAUGGCGCUGGAAUCGGUUACGGAGGUGGAUUCUCAGCACAUGGUGGAUUCAACCCGGGAUUCCACCACCACGGAAGUUACGGUUACCCUCGGCCAAUCCUAACAGCCACCAUUAAGGAGCACAUCCCCGUCCCAUACCCCAGACCAUACCCGGUGUUCAUCAAGAAAACGGUCCCAGUUCCCUUCCCAAUCCACAAACCAGUGCCAUAUCCGGUGAUCGUGAAGAAACCCUACGCAGUCCCUAUUGAUCGACCAGUUCCAGUGGCCGUCCCCGUGCCAAUCACGAAACACAUCGAAGUUCCCGUCCCAGCCCCGUACCCAGUCCCAGUGAAGGUACCAACUCCCGUCGUUGUCACCAAGCCCGUCGUCGUAGCCAAACCCGUGGUCAUCACCAAACCCGUCGUCCACUAUGCCCCGCUUCCGGUGGUCAGCGCUCCCGUAUACUCCACCCCCAUCAUAACGGCUCAUGCCCCGAUCCUAACCCACGCCACGGGGCACAUCUCGGUGUCCGAUCACGGAGUUCACCAAACGCACGGUUCGCACCUGUCGCACUCCGGAUACGCGUCCGGACUGCAGUACGGUGGCCACUACGGCGGAUCGGUUGGGAAUUACGGUGGCCACUACGGAGCGGGCGGGCAUUACGGAUCGGGUGGGCACUAUGCUGCGGGCGGGAAUUACGGUUCGGCGGGGCAGUACUCGACAGGAGGGCAAUACGCGGCCGGUGGUGGACAGUACGGUGGAGGAGGAUCGCAGCAUCCCUGUCCGUGA